GUGGCCAGUCCCGUCAGCAGAGCCGUAGAGAGCUGAGUCCUCAUCAGCGUCCUCUGCACUCAGGACGCGGAGUGAGCGGCAGCUCCGCAUCCUGCAACCCACGGCACGGGCAGGGGGGGCAACCACAACUUCACCCUAACUCAGUUUGCCUGGACUUCAGAAAGGCCGCAUUUCAAGAAAAGCCCUUAUGUUGUUCCUCAACUCUUUUAUUUAACCAGUGAGAUAUUUUCGAUGUUAUGGCUUCAUCCGUGAGCGGCGCAGAGGAGGUCCGGGUGUCGGCGCUGACGCCCCUGAAGUUGGUGGGACUGGUGUGCGUCUUUCUCGCGCUGUGCCUGGACGUCGGAGCCAUGUUGAGCCCGGCGUGGGUCACGGCGGAUGACCAGUACUACCUGUCCCUGUGGGCGUCCUGCUGGAAGCCCUUCAGCUCCUUGGAGUGGUCCUGCAACAGCACGCUGGCCACCGACUGGCAGAUUGCCACGCUGGCCUUGCUGUUGGGGGGAGCAGCCCUCACCUUGCUCUCCUUCCUCGUGGCGCUGGUCUCCCUGUGCUUUGGCUCCAGGAGUCGCUGUUACAAGCCCGUGGCUGUCAUGCUCUUCUCUGCAGUGGUGCUUCAGGUAUGCAGCUUGGUACUGUUUCCCAUCAAGUUCAUAGAAACAGUCAGUCUGAGGGUGUACCACGAGUUUAACUGGGGCUACGGCCUGGCCUGGGGAUCCACCAUCUUCUCUUUCGGAGGCGCCAUCCUCUAUUGCCUGAAUCCCAAAAACUAUGAAGACUACUACUAAAAAUACACGAGGCCAAACAAGAAACACAGGGCUCUCUGUUUCACCCAGUGUUCACAUAGUGAUAAGAAUUUUCUGUCUGUUACACAGUGCACAGACAGAGUAGAAACAGAAAAAAGCACAUUCUUACCGGUAGAUUUAGGACUGGAAAGGAGCUCUUCUAUUUGAUACAGAGAAUUUAUUGUCUCAGAAAGACCAUCCUCUCUCAUUGGACUGCAGCCUUGAGCUCUCUUAUGAGAUUUGGCAGCAAACCUAUCAGUGGAAAAGGAACUGAAACCCAGCCAUUUAGGAGAGAAUGUCACAUAGAUAAUUCAGCGUCCCCUUUAAGAGUAACACCAGUAGGUCUUAGAUUUGGACAGAAAAUCUAGAGGGAACAGAUGGAUUCACUGACCCCAUGCUGGGAUGAACUGGUGGGACGGCAUACAUGGAAAGACAAAAAAAGAAAUAAAUAACUAGGCCUCUGUUGGAGAGGAAGAUGUCCUAUUGAAGCGAUAUCCUGAGGAUGACAAAGCGAGGAAGACGGGACACAGGGAAUGCAACAUGCAGCAUGUCCCUCGAGAUACGUGGCAUCUGGAACUUGGUUUAGCCUUCUUCCUCUACUAGGGUAGACUGGUGAAAGCGUGUUGUGGAAUUCUGAUGAACUAUCAAAGUAAAAGCAUUAAAUGGGAAGCUUCCAAAUAUCAUCCCGUCGAGAGGAACAUUUAUUGGUUAAGGAUUCACGACUGAGUCUGUCACAAAAAACAACACAGUGGUAGAACCUUCAGCCACUAACGUAGACCCUCCACGUAUCCCUGCUGUAAUACAUGUACAUAUGCAUAAUGAAGUAAUACUCAUUCCAUGCAGAUCACCGGGAAGGGAGAUGGCAAAUGACCAUGCUGCUCUGCUGAGUGUGUGCACAUGUCUGCAUGAUCAUACCACCCGGCAUGUGCUCACAGGCCUCCUCAUGUGAUGCCUCCUUAUCUUCCCACUUGGUAGGAGAUGCUCUCUAGAGCAGGAACAACUAAGAACACAUCUGUUUUCAACCAGAAAAAAAAGCAACAGAAAAUUCACUAGUUUGAAGAAGGUAGUAUACUUGUUUUCGUAUUUAAGUGAAAGUUCAUAAAAACAGUACUCACGGAAACACCAGAGUGUGAUGUGCUGUGCAUGAGUAGUGUGAGGACAGAGGAGGCUUACGGGAUAGACCUGCACUGAUCUGCUAUGGAAAUGACCAUCUUCUCAUAUCUCAUUUAUGGUGGUCAUAAAUUUCUUCCUCAUGCAAUAUUAGUUAAAGUGAGUGUGUGCAUGCUGUUUGCUGCUGAGUAUCAACAUAAUAAACAUGUACUGAAAAAGAAAAGAAAAAGAA